GCCAAUAAAAGGCCUGCCACAGUCUCAACCCCCUGCUUUGGCAUAAUGGCUUUCCCUUCUCUUUGGGCCUGCUUACUAAUUGGCUGCUUUUCUGUUUCAUUAGCAGAAGCAUCCAAUCUCUCAGAUCUGUAUCCUCCCUUAUGGAAGGAGAGUCCUGGUCAGUUCAGUGACUACGGGGUGAAAAAUGGAAAGUACGUUAUUAAUCCCUGGGUAUAUCCUGAGAGAUUGGGGAUGUAUAAAAUUCUACUGAGCCAGACAGCCAAUUAUUUUGAAAAAUUUGCACCAGAAAAUGAACAAAAUAUAUUAUGGGGACUGCCUCUACAGCAUGGCUGGCAAUAUACUACAGGCAGAUUAGCGGAUCCCAGCCAGAGGACAGACUGUGGCUAUGAUUCUGGAGAUCGUUUGUGCAUCUCUGAGGACAGUUGGUGGGCUGACAUGAAUUACUUUCUCUCCGCAUUGCCCUUCCUUGCUGCGGUUGGCUCUGACAUAAUGGGGAUAUCAUCAGACCAAGUCAUACUUUUGCCACCACCCAAGGAUCAAACAAAGUUUUGUCUUAAUGUUUCUACUUGUCAGUCAUCCUUCCCUAAGACAAUGAGAAAGUGGAAUGUCUUCUACCAGCAUUUGCAGUUACCUUCUAGUAGCUUUGAGGACUUAUUGAAGUACUUAUGGGCUGCACAUGUAUCAACCUUGGAAGAUGCUUACAAACUAUUUGAAGAUAGGUUGCAAGACUAUUCUAAACCAGAAGUAGAUUUUGGAAAAAGUUGGUAUGUGGAUGUGGGAUAUAUAGCUACAGCCAAGUUUCCGACAACCUUGAUUAGAACACAUGAAUUCCAGAAGGCUCUGCCACCACGAAUGCUUGUCAAUGGAGACAGAGCCCCCUACAUCAGUGACUUUACUAAACUUCAGAACAUAGUCCUGCUUGGUUUAAAUAUUCUUCAUGAAGUUGAUAACGCUACAGGGUCAUUCUCUUUGACUGUAUGGAAAAUUUUAAUGAAGACAGAAGGUGCAAGAAAACUAGUUCUAGAGCUUUCAGAAAUAGUUCUUCAAUCUUUAAUCUAAAAUUCUGAAAAUAAUGAAUCAACAAUAAAAGUUUCUAAUUUUGGGGGCAAUAGAAAUUUCAAAAUUUAACACGAUCAUAACCAGGAUAGUUUUCUUGAUUCUGUUGUUUUUUAUUUAUGCUGAUUUGUUAGAAUUUUGUCCAUGCAUACCUAAUUUUAUUUUAUUUUAUUUUUUUAGAGUUAGUAUAUAAAAAGAAGGAGGCUUUGUGAGGCUCCUAUGGUUUCUGGUGGGAGUUAUUAUUAUUAUUUUUUAAUCGUCUAAAGUUUUACAUAUGUCUUCUUUUACCCCAAUUGACCGCCCCCCCAAGCCAUUCCCACCCCAGGCAAGCCCCCACUGCCCCAGUGUCUGUGUCCAUUGGUUAUGCUAAUAUAUGCACACCUGAUUUUAAAUUCAAAUUAAUGUUAUGAUUAUUUUGUUUAAUUAAUAAUUCUUAAUUUUUAAUUAAUCAAUAUAUGUUUAGCCUUUAAAGAGGAUUGUAUUAAACUAUUAUAGAUCACUGAGAAAUUAAUAAACAGACAUUCAACUCA